AUGCGAUUGUUCAGAGCCAUACUGCUUGUCCUGCUACUGUUCAAUGGGCAUGCCCAGGCACACGAGCACCACGCCGAUACAUCUUCGGGCACCGACGUUGAGAGAUUGAAAAAGUUGCACGAGAAAUGGGACACAGAUUGGCCGUUUUCCGGCAUUUCCACGUUUGCCCAUUUGCAACAUGUCAAAUGCUUGACCAAUCCAGACGAGCUCUUUGAUGUGGGCAUCAUUGGCGCGCCUUUCGAUACGGCCGUGAGCUACCGCCCCGGUGCCAGAUUUGGUCCAAGAGCAAUUCGCGCCGCGUCGGCGCGCCAGACGUCCUUCCGGGGCUUCAAUCACCGCGCCGGUAUCAACCCAUACAGCUCCUGGGCCAAGGUCCUCGACUGCGGCGACAUCCCAAUCACCCCGUUCGACAACAAGCUGGCGCUACACCAGAUGACGCUCGGUUACCAUGAGCUGCUUUUGCGACCCGCGACGAAUCCGGACAAGAAGCCCGUCCUCCUCACUCUGGGCGGCGACCACAGCGUAGCUCUCCCCGCCUUGCGGGCGCUGCGCAAAGCAUACCAGGAGCCUAUCGCGGUGCUUCACUUUGACGCUCACAUGGACACUCUGCAUCCGAACAAAUACCCCAGCACGUGGACGACAGGCCAGGAGGCCCCACAAUCCGAUUUCACUCACGGUACUAUGUUCUGGAUUGCCAUUUUCGAGGGGCUGAUCCGCAAUGGAAGCUCGGUUCACGGUGGUCUUCGCAGCAGGCUAGCUGGGGAUGAUUUCAGUGACUACGAAGACGACUCGCGGCAGGGUUUCAUGAGGAUCGAGGCAGAUGACAUAGACUUAGUCGGCGCGCAAGGGAUCAUUGACGGUAUAAUGAAGCGAAUGGGUACCGAGAUACCCGUCUACAUGUCAGUUGAUAUCGACGUCAUCGACCCCGGCCUCGCCCCGGGCACGGGGACACCAGAGCCUGGGGGUUGGACCACCAGGGAGCUGCUUCAGAUCAUUCGAGGCGUGGGGGGGCUCAAUAUCGUUGGCGCGGAGGUUGUUGAGGUUUGUCCCGCCUUCGACGGCAGAGGCGAAGAAACAGCACUUGCAGCAGCACAAGUCAUCUACGAAAUGCUCUCCACCGUGGUAUUGAAGGGUAUGGAAGAGCGAGGAUUGGAGAAGCCGCUAAGAACCGAGUCAUGGACAAAGCAGUUUAACACACCGAUUCAUGGCAAUGAAAAGGACGAAUUGUGA